CCGCGACCGACCUUCCAAUUGGGCUCAAGAUAUCGGCGCUUGCACCGGCCGUCCUUGCCCGAUCGUCGACGGAUACCCGCGGAGAGCAAGAGCUGCCUCCUCCCGCACGGUGUCGCCGUCCUUCUCCUCCCUUGAGGAAGGCUUCUGCAAGCUGCGCCGGAAUUCGUCCUCGUCGCUGCCUGGGAAGGGCUACAUGGGCGAACUGAGCUCGCGCUACAAGUAUUCGUCGGAUCGAAUGACGUUCUCGUGCCCAGGAGAAGACGACGACCGCGAAGACAGCCGCGAGAAGAAGCUCAUGGCGCGCUCGAUCUUGGAAGCGCGUGUCAAGGGCUACCUCGCCACGUCGCUCUCAAACGAUCUCUUGCGGCGUGUCCGCACCGACAUCAACAUCCUCCAGUCACUCAAGCUCUGCGGCUUUGACCUGGGUGACCGAGGCGCCUUGCUCAUCGGGAAGGCGCUCGCCUCGAACCACUCGUUACUCGUCCUCGACAUUGGGUUCAACGGCAUCACGGACAAGGGCCUCGCCGCGGUCGCCAAGGCCCUCGAGACGAACCAAACACUCACAACGCUGUACCUCAGCGGCAACUGCAUUGGCGUCGAAGGCGCCGCCGACGUCUCGCGCGCGCUUCAAGUCAACACGACGUUGCAGGCGCUGUAUCUGAGCGGCAACGGCAUCACGGACGAGGGUGCGCUGCACAUUGCAACUGCGCUCAAGACCAACCACUCGCUCAAGUCACUCUACUUGGGCACCAACAACCUUGGCGUCAAAGGCAUGAUGCACAUCGCGGACGCGCUGCCCCACAACCGGCAGCUGCGCGAACUCAUGCUCGGGCAAAACCAUGUGCGCGCGUCCGGGCUCAAGUACCUCGUCGCUGCCUUCAUGACGUCUCGCGUGUCCCUCACAACGCUCGAGAUUGGACUCAACGAAAUCGACUCGGCCGGCGCGCUCGCGCUCGCCGAGGCGCUGCACAUCUCGACCAAUACGCUCGAGAACCUCUACAUGGACAACAACCCGGUCGGCGACGUGGGCGCAAGCGCGCUCGGCGUCUGCAUCGCCAACUCGUCGACGCUGCGGGUCGUGGACCUCAGCUACUGCAAUUUGUCGCUGCUCGGGCUCCGCGACGUGAGCCUCGGUCUGCGCAAGUCGACGUCGCUCAUGGGCCUCCUCGUCGAAGGGCACGACUGGAGUUCCACCAAGUACAUGGUCCGGCCGCCGCCCAACAUUACCGCGCUCUCGAAAGCCGACGCGCUUCAGUACGCGGCCAAGUGCAUCAUCACCGCCAUGCACAUGAACCCGGCGCUGCCACUGCUCAAGCUCACAGGCAUCAACCUCGGGUACGCGGCCGACAUUGAGACGUACCCGGUCACGUUGCCCGAGCCGCUCGAACUCGCCGCGUCGCAUGCGGUCUGCGCCCUCAACGAGGCCGUCCUCGACUGCAUCCGCGCGCAGGAGGCGUCGCCGGACGAAGGCCCGACACAGCUCGCGCAGCAACAGCAGCAACAGCAGCAGCAAGAGCAAGAGGCGGCGCACACCGCGUACAUCCUCACCGAGUCGCGCAAAGUGCUCGCCAAGAUCGCGGCUCUGCACUUUGACGCAGACGAGCUCCAAGCGCUGUGCCAGUACUACUGCCCCGACCUGAUUUGCGACGGCGUCGAGGAGCCCAGCACGAAGCGCCGACGACUCUCCUUGGAGCUUGCACCCGACAAUGUGCACGUGUCGCGCCUCGCCAUCUACCCACGUGUCGAGCGGCGACUGCUCAACAUGGUCCGGGACGACGUGACGGUCGACGUCAAGCGCCAAGUGCUCACGGUGCUGCGGCAGCUGCACUAUCUCGUCAAGUCGCUCCACUCGGUGGACCACUCGGCCGCGUUGAUCGAGACGUUGCUCGGUGACGACGACGACGACGACCAGCGGAGUUGAGAUAUUAGGAGUCUUGUUAGCCGUGUACCAAUAUCGUAGUUCAGUCAGUCUUCCUUCGAUGGCCUCAGGGACGGCGCGUCUUGCACCGAACGCGGCAGAGGUGACAAAUAUCUUGCCAACUUCAAGUGCUACCACGUUACACCGUGUUAUAACACCGCAAUCUCGCACCCGCUCCUGCCACAUGCAGCCCUUUCUUGCGUCCUUGACCGC